UAUUUUUUUUUUUUUGAUAUUUCUGUUGUUUUCAAACAUUUUUUGCAAAUCGCCGCGCGCUUUGUUUUCAAAUGCAAAUCGUUUGUUUAAAACUUUAUUGAAUACCUAUUUCUAUUUUCUUCGUAAAAAUAGUGCAAAUAAACUCCCAAGAUGGAUCCAGAGAAAGCGGAAUAUGAAUUGCAACAUUUCAACUUUUGUACGGAGGACAUCAUUGCCGAAAAUCAGCUGUUGGUCAAGUCGCUCAUCCAGCAGACCCUGGUUUCCUUCACGGAUGAGUUCAUCGCCAAGCAUAAGAUGUCCGCCGAUGCCGCCAUGGAGAUGCGUUCGAAGUGCUACCCGGCCGCCAACGAAAUGUUCGCCGAAUGUGGCCCCAAACUGGAAGAGCUGAGCCAGCUGUACCGCAGCACCUUCACCAUUCCGGACAGCAUUGUUCUUCCGUCGGAUUUGAUGCACCGGAAGGGCUACACAGCGGAGCAUGUGCAGUCGCUGCAAACCAUGGCCAAUGAUCUGGAGAAACAGAUCCGCCAGGAUGGGGUGUUCCUGUCGAUGCUGGAGGAGGAGAUCAAACUGCACGAGCGAUUGGAGGCGUGCAUGGAGAGCGGGAAAGAGCUGAUGAAGUUGACGGAACAGUACCGGCAGAUGGAAAUAGUUCCGGCCGAGGACUGCGCGGUCGUGCAGGAUCUGGCUGAUUUCAUGAAGGACGUGAUGCAGAUGUGAGUAUUGUCGGUGUUUUUGAUGUUGAGUUAUAGGAUAGUUUGUAUAGUUUAUAACACGCUUCGAAUCGUGAUUUUUUCCUUAAUGUUAUUCAACAAAUAAGAUUAGACUGGUUCAAUAAGGAAUAUUUUCUAUAAUAUAAA